AUGUUUGAUUUUAGUUUUGAAUUACUGAAAGGUGUGAAGAUCAAGGAAAAUCAUACUACUUCGGAUUUCAUGCUGCCUAUUGCAGAGGUUGUGAUGGAGAAAGAUGAGAGAGAAAAAGGACUGUUGAAAGAAGAAACCCUCAAGGAGGCUGUGAUGGACAAUCUUAUGAUGAAUACUGAACAACCAUCGACGAGUGAGAGUUCUUCACAGCAACCUAUUGAUGAUUCGUUUGAGUUAUGCGAGAAAAAGAAAGAAGGAAAUCUCCAAGAGGUUGUGAUGGACAGUCUUUGCAUGAACAAUGGACAAGGGUUCAUGAAUGACGCUUCUGUGGAUAAACCCACUACUGAUUCUCAUGAGUCAUGCGAGAAAAGGGCGGUGUUGAUGAAAUUAGAGAAUUCUAUGGAGAAGAAACAAAUUUCAAGUUCUCUUGAAAUAUGCAAGAAAGAGGAGGUCUGCUGGUAUCAUAAUGUACCAAGGAAACCAAGGACUAUGAGAGUAGAGGUGUUCAUGAACCCUACUUCCAUGGAUUCCACCGAAAAGUCGGAGAAGAGAGCUUCAAAGAGAGAGUUUCUUGAAGGUGAAAAUUCUGGAACAAAAAUUGUACAACCAAAGAAGCCCCAGAAGAACAUGCCACAAAGACGUCCAGUUCCAAACCAAACACCUGACCUACCCACAAGGUUCAAGGAUUUGAUCAGUGCCAUGGGCGGUUCUGAGCCUGUGUUGGUGAUACAAAAACCCUUGUUCGAUACAGACGUUAGUGAUCAACAUGGUCGAUUAUCGAUACCGAUAAGUCAAAUCGAGCAGCGUUUCAAACUAGAAGAUGAUGAGAAGAGAGCACUUGACUUGCGCACUAAUGAAAAUAAGUGUGGUGAAAUAUCAGCAAAGUUGAUCGGACCAUCGAUGGAAGAAAGUGAAAUAAAGUUGAGGAAGUGGGACAUGAAGAAGAAGCCUGGCCAUGGUGUCAAAAAUAAUGCAAUGUACGUUUUGACCAAAUUCUGGAAUGAUUUCAAAUUGAUUAAUGAAUUGGUUGCAGGAAUGGUUGUGCAGAUUUGGUCAUUCCGAGUUGGUUCAGAACGGUGGUUUGUUCUUGUCAGAGUCGGAACCGACGAAGGAGAAGGUUCGAAUGGCGGAAAUAGCAUUGAUAAUAGUCCAAGCACUAGCCAAGGCAAUAACAUCGCAUCAACUUCUGCCACUCACACCCAAGAACAUUAG